AUGGCGUUGGGUCGGCUGUCGAUAGUAGAUCAACAGUUGACGCCCGUGCGGCACGCUUCCGCACCACGUCACCUCCCCCACCACGUCACCUCCCCCACCACGUCACCUCCCCUCUGGGCCGUCCUCCGGGCCGUGCACGCCGUCGCUCAGCCACGUCACCUCCCCUCUGACGCCGUGCCACAUCACCUCCCCUCUGACGCCCUGCCACGUCACCUCCCCUCUGACCCUUGCCACGUCACCUCCCCUCUGACGCCCUGCCACGUCACCUCCUCCCCUCUGACGCCCUGCCACGUCACCUCCCCUCUGAGGCAGGCCAACGCAUGUACCGCGCAUGCAUUCGGAACUGGUCGGAGCAUGCAGCUAGAGCUGAGGGGGCAGCUGAAGCAGAGGGGACUUGCUUUUGACUUUUGUUGUCUUCAACAUGAGUGGUAUGAUCGCACCGCUGCUAUGCUGACAGCGGAUGGGAUGUGCACUUCAGGUUACAUGCCUCUGCAUCAUGGCGUUGCCUCUGCAUCAUGGCGUUGCAUCUGCAUCAUGGCGUUGCAUCUGUGGUGGAAAGAAGAGACAACAACAGCAACAAGGAAAGACGUUGCGACGUACCAUGGGUGUGGGCACUGGAGGUGCUGCUGUCUGCAGCAAGGCAUUGUUGGGGUGAUUGGUGGCAACGGUGCGGGCAAGUCAACGCUGUUCCGCAUGAUCGUGGGGCAGGACAGCCCCAAUGAGGGCACGCUGCACGUGGGAGAGACGGUGGCGCCGCUCUAUGUCGACCAAUUACGCGACGCGCUGGAUCCCAACAAGACGGUGUUUGAGGAGAUCACGGGCGGCGCAGAUGAGAUCCUGCUGGGCGAGCGCAAGGUGAGCAGCCGGGCGUACUGCGCGUGGUACAACUUCAAGGGCGCGGACCAGCAGAAGAAGGUGGGCGUGCUGUCGGGCGGCGAGCGGAACCGCGUGCACCUGGCGCGCAUCAUGCGGCGCGGAGGCAACCUGCUCAUGCUGGACGAGCCCACCAAUGAUUUAGAUGUGGAUACUCUGAGGGCGCUGGAGGAUGCGAUUCAGGGGUUUGCGGGAUGCGUGAUUGUCAUCUCUCACGACCGCUGGUUUCUGGACCGUAUUGCCACGCACAUCAUGGCCUUUGAAGGCGACUCCAAGGUGGUUUGGUUCGAAGGCUCGUACAGCGACUACGAGGAGGACAGGAGGAGGAGGCUUGGGAACAAGGAACCAUCACGUCUUAAGUACAGAGCGCUAGCAUGA